UUUGGGAUUGUUUUCUCGAAAAAAGGAUUUUUGUCAAAGGCGUACGACUUUUCAUGGACCAAUAUGCCUCUCUGAUGAAGCCGUGUGCCACAUCCUGUUUCUUACCAACAUCGUGGUAGUUUUCUUUUCAAAAAGGGUGUACUCCUUGCAGGUCCACUUUCGGUAUGGAGCUUUUCAUGAAAUGAUAGGCACAUUCAACAAGGUUAUCAGUCUUAUUAUCUUGUUCAUAUGUUGUCGGCGUGACAUCAAGCGCGAAAGUUCAACGCUGCCAAAUUAUUCCUGGCGCGGAUUAAAACUAGAAGUAUAGUAUUCUCAUAGUUAAUAGGGUAACAAGAGAUUUUUCUACAAAUUACUCACAGCCACAAGACAGUGAAUUGUUUUGGAUUAUACCGUCUACAUCCUAAGAUCGUAAUCUUGCUAACUUCUUUUACAUCCAGUGUUAAUAGAGCUGUCUUAAAACGAAAUGCAAUACAUUUAUGCUUCAAGUUGAAAACUGGGCUUGCCUUUGUUUACUAAUUAGGGCAAAGCAUUUCCGCCGUACUGGGAUGCUCGCCUACUUUUGUAUAUUCCCUUUGAAAUUCCAUUCGUGUCUUUGCAAGAGAGAGGCAUCUAAAGAUCUUAACCGUUGUUUUCAUAGUUAUGUUAAGUUUUAUGUUGACGCAACGGCAGGCAAUUGGAGUUUUAUUAGCGACGCAGGAGGCACACCACAUGACUGCAUUGUAGAACGCGCUGGGUUUUCCAUUUGAAAUGUAAUUCUGAUCAGAAAAUAAGGAAAGGCUUGCUAACUGCAAUAUUAUCGACCGAUUUCUUUAGGAGUUGUUGAGCUUUGGAGAUCGCGUUGCAGUUUCACUUGUGUUUUGGAACGUUUCAGCUGGAAUUCAGUUCUGUGUAUUGAAAUGCACACAUCUGCGUCGGCGAAGUGACUUGAUGACGCAUAGAAUCUAGCUUUCAACUGUAUUCAUUUAAUUUUUUUCACCGCAUGUCUUAAUUGGGAAAGAAGAUUGGCGAUUGUAUAUAGAGCAGGAAACUAUAGUUGAAGUUUAUAAAGACAGUUGGGAAAUAGUGGAGAAGUCUUCUCUCGGUUUCAAGCCAACAGAAGAAUUCCAUACUGUAGAAUAUUAUCUGUUUGCAAAACACUUUCCGCUCGUCAAGGUUACUGCAGGGGGGCGAAGGGUGAAACUGCACAACCACCGAAAGGUCGUUAAGCGUUGGCCACAGUGUUUAUUCUGUACGCUUGGUUUGAUCCAAAUGAAGACACAUGCAUUAGAGUCUAGCCAAUAACGUUUACAGCUUAUCACUCAUUUCGGUGAAUCUUCGAUAGAAAGAGGGUCAUGGCAUCUUUCAAUGGAAAAUUGCAAAGUCGACAAAUUUUCCGGCUUCUUCGAAUGAAAUUGGUUAUUUUUUUAAUGCUGGCACGUAUUAAUGGGAAUUUCCAAGUUACUGAGGCUAGCUUAACAGAAGAGAGAUUGUUGAAGAAAAUCUUUGAAGGCUACGAUCAAGACGCCAGACCUGUAUUGAAUGAUAAGGAUAAUGUCACCGUCAUAUUUGGAAUGUCAGUCCGACAGAUCAUUGAUAUUCACGAGAAGAGCCAGAUAUUGAUAACCAGUGCUUGGACAAGGCAGAAAUGGAAGAAUCCAUUUUUGUCUUGGGAUCCAAAGCUGUAUAAUGGAAUAACCAGUGUGAAUGUCAGACCAUCAAAAAUUUGGCUUCCUGAUAUAGUUUUGUACAACAAUGCUGAUGAAGACAAAAGCUUUGGUGGUAAUCUAGAUCGCUUGAAUACGCGUGUAAUUUUGAGUUUCGAUGGUACUACAGUAUGGCUGGCACCUGUUAUAUUGAAGAGUAAAUGCGAAAUCAACGUGAAAUACUUUCCAUUCGAUGAACAAAGAUGUAAAAUGAAGUUUGGAAGCUGGACAUAUGAUGAACAACGCUUGAAUUUGGUCCCAGAGAAUUAUACAGCUGAUCUGAAAAAGUACCUACCUAAUGCCGAGUGGCAUCUCGAUGGAAUACCUGCUCGCAGAAAUUUAGAAGAGUAUUCGUGCUGUCCGGAGAAGUACCCGGACGUUACAUUCACUGUGGAAGUGAGGAGAAGAUCUCUGUUCUAUCUAUGCAAUUUGAUUUUUCCAAUGACAAUAAUCGGGAUGCUUACGAUGUUGUCCUUCCUACUGCCUGCAGAGUCCGGUGAACGGAUAUCUCUCGCGAUUACACUUUUGCUUGCAAUGACAGUCUUCAUGUUGGUCGUAGCUGAUAUUAUUCCAGCUACUAGUGAGGUGAUUCCCCUUGUUGGUGUAUUCUUCAGUGCUGCCAUGGUUGAAAUGGUGAUUAUGAUUAUUGUACUUUGUUACGUCAUGCGACUUUAUCACAAAGAGCCUGAGGAUCCGCCAAUGCCAUGGUGGAUGAGGAAGUAUGUUUUAGAUUGGUUGUCGUACAAAGUCAAAGUGAGGAAGCAAGAGGAGACUGGGGAAAACGAUAAUGAAGAAUAUGUGCAAAUGCUGCCGUUUCAAAGAAGAAGCAGUGUCUCAGAGGGAUCUGGUUCGGCCAAGGAAGAAGACAAUAAAGAUCUUCAGCUAUGGGUAAGAAACACAAUGCCACACAAAAACAGCCAGACGAAAUCUGACGCUCGACAUUGCAAGCAUGGAUUUAGCGGUCAUGACAGAUCUUCAUCUCGGAGUGGGGAACUUGCAGCGAUUGCAAAAAAGUUGGACUUUAUUGUUGAAAGACUUCGAGGCGAAGAUGAUGACAGUAGGAUUAAGAGCGAAUGGAGGAUUGUUGCAAUGACGAUUGACUAUUGCCUUUUGCAUUGUUUUGUGAUUUUGCUCUUGUUGACUAUAAUCAUUUGCUUUUCAAAUUCACCUGGAUAUGUACCUUGACAGAAAAAAUCAAUCUUAUCAUGCAAGAAAGUAGUGGUCGAAGAUUGUUGCCUCUUAAAUGACUUCGUUCUUGCUUGCCAAGAAAAUCGUUGUUUAUUCACCAUAUCUCCUGAGAAGGACGUGACAGAAACCCAAGAUGUCAAAAACGUCUACAAGAUGUCAUUCGUUGAACAGUGAUGGUCAAAUUACCAACAAACAAGAGGUGAGGAAAAUCAUUAGCAUAGAGAGAAGAAUACCAGAUAGAAUAGUGAAUAUUAAUUUAUUCUCAGCAGAUUAUUCAGAACAAGAUUGAUGACAUCAUUUUUAUGAAAUUGAAUAGCAUUGUGAAAAUAUAGUUUGAGACCUUUGCCUACAUAAAUUCACAUUAAUCGUUAUUUUUCAAAAACCCUGUUAUACUGGCAGAUUUUUUCAUCAGAUAUUUAACAGAUAUUUACAUUAGUUAAUAUUAUGUUAUUGAACAUAACAUACAUAUAUUCCUCGAUUUCAUGCAUAGCUGAAGUACAAAUCCCAAUAAUUAUGCAGAAAAUAUCUUCCUCCAUUUGGCAAUUGCAAUGCAUUUGAAAAAAUCUGACCAUGUUGCAGGGCGUAAAACGAAUAUUAUUGGCUUGUAGGAUAUUUCUUUAUUGGCAUAUUUCCCAAUCUAAUGCUGAAUACCUCCUGGAUUCCUCUUUCUGUCAAUUAAAAUCCUGGAUUCCUAUUCUUAGACUAUUUAUUUUGGGUCCCGUUCCCGUUUUAUAUGUCAAAAGAGGAUACCCUAAACGAAAACCAAUGAAUUAUAUUGAAUAAGGACAAUGCUGAUGUGAGAGAUGCCUUGCUUGAAUAUUUGAUGCAAUUUAAGUUUGUGUACUUUGACUCAGCGUUUCUUGACUAGGCUGUUGUAGACAAAUCAGAUCUCUUGUAGUCACUGGAAUAAAAGCAAUGAUGUUUUUUUAUAACAAUAAUCUUAACAAUAACCUUAGAAUUUUCUCUUGCACACAUUUAAAUGAUCACUGUUCGUUAGAGGGAGAUGCCUUUUGUAUUUGUUGUGUAGCUUUUUUGUUGGAAUCGAAUUAAAAAGUUCCUGAAACCGACUUGAAAAAGUAAUUUGGGGAAAGCAGAAAGAAUGAUUAAGGGAGCUGUUUAUAUUUUAGAUCUUGUUAUAAGCAUAAUAAAAAUUCGCAAAACCCAAGUAACGUCAUAGUGAUCAAGUUUAACUUGCUCCAAUAAAAGUGUGAAUAAAAGUGUUCUCUCGUAUGUUUUCGGUAAUUAUUAAGUCUUUGAAGAUGUAAUGGAGUGGCUAUCAAAGAUAUAAGGGCAAUGUGAUGAUACAUGCCAAAAGUCAACAUUUCUUGAGAUUUAUCCAGUUUCAACACAAAUCAUAAUUGAUUAGUGUAUUUUUGCAAUAAAUACCUGGGAACGUAUAAAAUAUGUAUCUAGUGAGUAGGAUAGGUAAUGCACGUUAAAAAAGAUAGCAUGAAUUGAUAUCGCUUACUGUAAUUGAUUGUAUCAUUUAUUAACCCGUACAGAGCAUUUGGCCAUUUAUUCACGAAUUCUUCAAUUUUUCUAUUGUAAUUAUUUUUACUAUCCAUUUUGUUUGUAUAUAUCAAAGAAAUAUGCAACAUAAAGCUAAGUUCUGAUAAAAUUUCACAUUUGCAUUAGAAGAUAACUUUUAAUGGUUAUAGAGGAAAGAUUUAUUAGACCAAUAGGCAACACACUGCAUUUACUCUAUCAAGAAGAUCAUCAAGAAGUUCUGACAAUGCUCAAACUAUUUGCCGUUUAACAUUCGAAUGAAAAAACUACUCCGGUAAUAAGCAACUUUAUAAAAGAAGAAUAUUUUUCCAGUCACUGCAACCUUUUCUAAAACAACCUUGUUGAGUUCUUUUCUUCAAGGGUGCCGAAAAAUUGUUGGGUAUUUUGAUCUUUGGGCUAUACACGUUCUCUAAAAAGCUUACUUCUGCACAAAACAGCAAAAACGGCGCUUGCAAAAGUUAAAGUGGAGUAAGACACGAAAUAAAAAGUAAGUUGUAAUCAAAAUUGCGUGUUCCGAGUAAUUUUAGUAGCUAUACACCGUAUACUGAAUGCUUACAUAUCCAACUUUUUACUUUGUGAAAAAUUUAAACAUGUAUAUGAUGAAUACAUAAGUCUGUGAAUCAAAAGAUGCUUUACAGCUACAACAGAAGUUAGCCAGUUAUGUUGUAUUUUCCUGGAGUGAGCAGGGACAGACUGGCUGGUCGGGCUAUUCGGGCGAUCGCCCGAAGGGCCGGUCGGUUUAAGGGCAGGCUGAUAAAAGUGCCAAAAAAAUAAAUCAGCUUAGAAAGUGAAUGCGAAGCAAAAAAGUAUACCCACGCGUUGAUCUGCUUGCCUUGAAUUUUCAGAAACUUUGUGGGAAAGAAUAAAUAUACACGCGAGUACUCCAAAACCAUCAAAAUUAUGAAUUCAUUAUUGUCACCGCAGCCGAAACACACUUUUUCAGGAAACAUGUUAUUGACAUCUUGUUGUAUUUUCUCUUGACGGUUUUUCCUUUUUUGGCGAUAUAUUGUACUGUAACACCCCUGUUUCAAUGCGAUACAUAAGAUUUUAACCUGCCCUGGUGACUUUUUACUUAGCUUUUGCUUCAAGCUGGUCAUGUUUUUGCCUAAGCACAAGCUAUUGCUAAAUGCAAUAAAUUUAAAAGUACAAAAAUUAGAGUUCACUAAGCGAUUUGCUCUGUGAUGUGAAGCAAUGAAGAGGACAUACGUAGAACAAGGGAAAAGCAAGAAGACUCCAACCAAAGGUGGUGCACAGAAAUUUCGUGAGGAAAAGCUGCGGGACUUAAAAAAGGAUUCAGCUACGAUACAAAGCUUUUUUUAUCAAGCAAAAGCCACAAACGUCACACAAAAACAGCAGGGUCUUGCUUUUUUCAAUAAACUCAUAUAAGUUAUGGUAAGUUUAUUAGGCCUAUACUAUCAUAAGUCAAAUGGACCCCCCGCCCAACAGGGGUAUGGUGCUACACGAUAAAGUUUCAACAGGGGUCCCCAUGUUUUAUUUUUGGGGUCAGAAAUUGAUAAAUUGAUAUUUUUGGGUUGCUGAAAAUCAUUGUGGUUUUCCGGAGGAUUAGAAAAUUAAUUGUCACAAGUUGAGUGCGAUAGAAGCUUUUCCACUUCAAAUAUAUAAAGAACAGAUUACGUAGUAAUUUUUUGCAGCCAAACCUGGAGUACUUCAUGUUAAUGUUCUAAGAAAAACACCUGUUAGAUGACAUCCAGGACGAUCACAUUACCAACAUAUAAGAUCCUGUAUUUAGAAACAAAGUCAAACCAGUGAGUUAAAAUUUUUGUUUAUUUACUCUUUAGUCAGCAAAUGACAUAUUUAACAUGUUCUGUUAACCAUAUUCUGUUAACCAGCAUUCAUCCCUGUACUAAAUUACUGAAUUUAAAAACUUGUUUCCCUUACAGACUAAAAUUUACUUGCAUUUUCCGAGGAGUUUUUUAUUUGCUGUUAUUGUGGGCCGGUUUGAUAAAAAUUUGCCGGGCCAAAAAAAUUAGCCAGUCCGCCCCUGAGUGAGAGUAAAUGAAUCGAACAUCAAACUAAGUCCUACAGAUGUGCAAUAUAUCAUUUUCUUUAACACUGAAUUGGAAUUCAAGAUGGCCUAAGAAAUCUACCUAUGUUUUUUGUUUACAAAACUAUCUCAAAAUUCCAAAAACUUUCCCAAAAUCAAUAUCUGGCAUUUUAAAAAG